AUGGAGGACCACAUGACUGGGCACCACAAGGAGAAACGUUAUGAGUGCGACUGCGGCAAGAGUUUCAAGACGGCGAAUGCCCUAGAGGCCCACCUGCAAGUGCACACGGGCGAGAAGCCCUAUGCCUGCUCCACAUGCGGCAAGAGAUUUACCCAGUUGGCACAGCUGCAGGAGCACCAGCGGGUGCACAGCACCGGGGACUGGCCCUACACCUGCACCCAGUGCGGCAAGGGCUUCACCCAGUCCAACAGCCUGCUGAAACACCAGCGCACCCACACCGACGAGCGUCCCUUCACCUGUAUCCAGUGCGGCAAGCGCUUCACCCAAUCCAACAACCUGCUGAAGCACCAGCGCACCCACACCGGCGAGCGUCCCUACACCUGCGCCCAGUGCGGCAAGAGCUUCUCCCAGUCCAGCUACUUGCUGGAGCACCAGCGCACCCAUACCGGCGAGCGCCCCAACACCUGUGCCCAGUGCGGCAAGGGCUUCACCAGCUCUAGCAACCUGCUGAAACACCAGCGCACCCACACCGGCGAGCGUCCCUACACCUGCGCCCAGUGCGGCAAGGGCUUCACCCAAUCUGGCCACCUGCUGCUGCACCAGCGCACCCACACCGGCGAGCGUCCCUUCACCUGUAUCCAGUGC